UAAAGGUUGCGUUAAGAACACGAGUAGAAGAUCGAGAUUCGAGGAGUCGUGUGCUGUUCGAAUUCGCGAGCGAGAACGCUGCGGCUCCGAGGACUCCACUCAUCCCUCUCGCUGCAUCGCCGCCUUUCUCUGGCCUUUCUUGGUUAGGUAAUGGUGAGGGGCAAGUUCAAGUCAAAGCCGACAGGCCGGCGGGUUUUCUCCACGCCGGAAGAGAUGGCCGCUGGAACAUCAUCUCGACCUCGCACUUUUAGAAAGGAAUUAGAGAAGGAAGAAUUAGAAGAAGAAAAAGAAGCGGAAUCUGAAGAGGAAUCUGAUGAGACGGAGAAAAGAAAAGGCACUGAAGGCUUGAUUGAAGUUGAGAACCCGAAUCUCUUAAGGCCAAAAACUGUGAAAGCUAAAGAUGCAAAUUUCGAGAAGACUAGUGAACUCUCAAGGCGGGAAAGAGAGGAGAUAGAGAAGCAAAAAGCUCAUGAACACUACAUGAAGCUACAAGAACAGGGAAAAACAGAGCAGGCCAAGAAAGAUUUAGGUAAGCUUAAUUUUGAUCUCUUCCGCCUAUAG